AUCAUCUUGCUCGUUAGAUAAACCGGAUUAGCCUCUCUUUGUCCAUAGAAAAAAGCAAGAUCAUAUUAACUCGCAGGUGGUACAGAGUUCGACAGCCGAUUCCAUGGCGCGGCCGAAAAGCGCUGACCCAAUUUAGAACCAGGGACCGAUUGGAAUGGCUUCAAGCGCCACCUCCGUUGCGGCUCCAGACUCCUGAGAAGGUCGAAGGGUUUUGGGGGUUUUGAGGCAACACACGGGAGGAGAGAGAGGCAAGGAAGCGUAGAGUUGAUUGGAAUAGAGACGGAGGAGAGGGGAUGCCUCUUUACGAUUGUCUGCUGCUGGCGAAGCCCCAUGCAAAGAAGGAGGCGUUGAUGGAUCUGGUGGCCCGCGUGGGCCGGCGCGUCUACCAGCGCAACGGCGUCAUCACCGACCUCAAGUCCUUCGGCACCGUCCAGCUCGGCUAUGGCAUCAAGAAGCUUGACGGCCGCCACUACCAGGGCCAACUCAUGCAGAUGACCAUGAUGGUUCCACCUACUUUCAAUCAGGAACUUCAGUAUUUGAAUAAGGAAGACCGUCUGCUGCGCUGGCUUGUGGUAAAACACAGGAAUGCUGUAUAUGGACUAGAGUUCAUUAAUGAGGAUGAUGGAAAAGAUGAGCUAAGCAUGUUCCGCAGUGGUAGCUUGAUAAAUAAGGGAGAAGAUGAGGACGACGAUGAUGAGGAUGAGGACGAUGACGAGGAGGACUACCAAGUGGAGUAGGCUGGUUAAUGAGUUUCUGCACAGUUUUGUAUUCAAUUCUCCUGCAGUCAAAUCGUGAGCAUAAUAAACUAUGCUUGCAAUUUGAUGGAAAACGGGAAGAGGAAACAUAUUUUUGAUUUGGUUGUGGUAAUGGCAUUGAAGAACUGGAAUUUUGUUCUCUGCUUUUAUGAUUUGGUUUAUGUCUUACUGUUUUAUUGUACUGAGUGCAUGACACUUCAUUUAGAGAAAAUUGUGCUUUUGCAGUUCGCAUGAAUUGCUGUA